CUCUCUCUCUCUCUCUCUCUCUUCCUGUGAUUUCUCUCUCUAUAACAAACACACUUAUUAUAAGAAAAGCUGCCAAAGCCUUAAAAUCGUGACGCUUCACAUUGUUAACAUUUUGCUACAUAUCCACUGGAACUGUUCCGUUUCUGAUGUUCAAGUAUUUCAAAGUUCACAUGUUUAUCCUUAACGGAUUUCAUUUAUGAACACCCACACUUCAUAAUCAUUCUGUUUCACUUUCUAUUAGUUUAUAGAGAAGAGAUACGAUUUACAAGGUAGGUUUUAUUUGACUUCGAGUUUUCUGAGAUGGGUGUUGGAUGGUUGUCUAUGGCGGCGGCGGCGGUUGUAGUGACGGUGCUGCUAGUAGGCGGUGUAAAUGGUUUUCCGGCGGAGGAUCUGGUGGUGAAAUUGCCCGGACAACCAGAUGUUAGUUUCAGACAGUAUGCUGGGUAUGUAGACGUGGAUGUGAAGGCUGGGAGGAGUUUGUUCUAUUACUUCGUUGAAGCCGACAAGGAUGCUGAUCGUAAACCCCUCACUCUUUGGCUCAAUGGAGGCCCAGGUUGCUCAUCUAUGGGUGGAGGAGCCUUCACCGAGUUGGGUCCAUUUUUUCCACAAGGUAAUGGCCGGGGCCUACGCAUAAAUAAAAAAUCAUGGAAUAAAGCAUCAAAUUUAUUAUUCGUGGAGUCUCCAGCGGGGGUAGGAUGGUCAUACUCGAACACAUCCUCAGAUUACACAACAGGCGAUGCCAACACGGCAAGGGAUAUGCAUACAUUCUUGAUGUAUUGGUACAAAAAGUUUCCAUCUUUCAGAUCACGAGAUUUAUACCUAACAGGCGAAAGUUAUGCAGGCCAUUACAUACCACAACUGGCUAUUGCCCUUUUGGACCAUAAUGCCCAUUCUACUGGUUUCAAGUUCAAAAUCAAAGGAGUCGCUAUUGGUAACCCGCUUCUUAAACUUGAUCGCGAUGUGCCAGCUGUAUACGAGUAUUACUGGUCACAUGGGAUGAUAUCAGAUGAGAUUGGUCUUACUAUUAUGAAUGGAUGCAGUUUUGAAGAUUACACGUUUGCUUCACCUCACAAUGAAUCUGUUGCAUGUAACAAUGCCCUUUCUCAAGCAAAUAGCGUAAUUGGUGAUUAUAUUAAUAAUUAUGAUGUCAUUCUUGAUGUUUGCUAUCCAUCACUAGUAGAACAAGAACUUCGUUUGAAGAAAACGGUGACGAAGAUGAGUUUUGGAGUUGAUGUGUGCAUGAGCCUUGAAAGACGAUUCUAUUUUAACCUUCCAGAGGUUCAACAGGCUCUCCAUGCUAAUCGAACCAAGUUGCCCUACUCCUGGAGUAUGUGCAGUGGAGUUCUAAAUUACAACGACAAUGAUGGAAACAUCAACAUUCUCCCUUUGCUUAAAAGAAUCAUCCAAAACAAAAUCCCCGUUUGGAUUUUCAGUGGGGAUCAAGAUUCUGUAGUUCCAUUGCUUGGAUCAAGAACACUUGUACGUGAAUUAGCUCACGAAUUAGAAUUCCCGAUUACUGUUCCAUACGGAGUGUGGUUCCAUAAAGGCCAGGCUGGAGGUUGGGUGACUGAAUAUGGAAAGCUACUUACAUUUGCAACAGUGAGAGGUGCGGCUCAUAUGGUGCCAUAUGCACAACCGUCACGUGCUCUGCAUUUGUUUAGUUCAUUUAUUCGUGGUUCAAGACUCCCCAACAACACACGUCCUUCUAUUGAGGACUAAAAAAACACUAGAUUAAAUUUUAGAUUUUUAAGUUAUGUUUUUCUGGAUUAUUCAUGUGGCCGAAGGCAAGAAAAAAUUUGACUCGGGUAAUUUUCGUAAUGUAAGAACAAAAAAGGAGUUGAGUUAUAUAUCACAAGCCAUUGUGGUUAAAUUGAACAA